GUGGAAGUGGGAGUAGUGAACUUGAGAUAGAAGAAGGAAGCAGGAGAAAGGGAAAUGACGAUGAUUGAAGAAACCAAAGGAAAAUUGAGAAAGAUACCGGCAGGAGGAGGCAGGUGCGAAGAAAGAGAAGUAAAUCGAAGGGAAGGCAAGACAAGGCAAACGACAUAGUCCUAUAUCCUAUAUGUGAUAUCCGUGUUCUUAUGGGGUUGCUCUUGAACUCGAUCAUGAAGGACUUGUAGAGAAGGAAGAAAAGUCAGGAUCUGAUCCUUUUCGCUGGUCGAUGAUGGUUGUCCAACAAGGUGUGGCAGUUUUCAACCAUGUUCUCUUCUAAGGGCCAGCUGAAGUAGGUUAAGGGUCGUAAAGGAAGCAGACGUCAGCUAUCAAAUCAAAAUUGAUCUGUUAUCUUGCGGGGUCAAGUCCAUAGAGCCAGCGCCCAUAGCCCCAGAACUUCUUGUUCAGGUAUAGAGCGUGCUUACGGCUGCGCCCAGCUCAACCAUGGAUAGAGACUCUAAGUAUCUUCUUAGAAAGAUCAUCAUAGAUGUGGCAGUGUUGUUAACGAUUGGAUUACCAAUUUUGCUCUUUUUCUUGUUUGGUAAGCCAUAUCAUCGUGGGUUCUAUUGUAAUGAUGAAUCCCUAAUGCACCCAUUCAAAGAGUCAACUGUCACAAACUUAAUGUUGUAUAUUAUUGGUUUAUUUCUACCAAUAACUGUGAUUAUUAUUACUGAGUUUUACAUCCAUCGAUCAGCAGCAGGUCAUGUGGCUCAGAUCUUCAUGGGACAUGCAGUUCCCUCAUGGGUGUGGAAUUCAUACAAAGUAAUUGGAGUGUUUGGAUUUGGUGCAGCAAGCUCUCAGCUUACUACUGAUAUUGCAAAGUACACCAUAGGUCGUCUACGUCCACAUUUUAUUGAUGUUUGCAAACCAAACAUUAACUGUAGUUUACCAGAAAACCAGCAUAAAUAUUGGGAAGAAUUUGAAUGUACAGCCAACAUAGGCUCUCGCAAGCUUAAAGAGGCGAGGCUUUCAUUUCCAUCCGGACAUUCAUCUUUCUCUGCAUACACCAUGGUCUUUCUCGUGUGCUAUCUUCAAUCACAAAUGACGUUCAAGGGCUCAAAACUGUUACGGCAUGCUAUUCAAUAUUUAUGCUUGAUGCUGUCUUGGUCAACAGCCAUGUCACGCAUUUCCAAUUACAAGCACCACUGGAGCGAUGUUUUGUCAGGAUUACUCAUUGGCACUAUUGUAGCCAUCUUAACUGUUGUGUAUGUAUCUGAUUUAUUCCCGCGGCAAGCCACUAAAGGCGAAACUGAACAACUUAUGAGGCGGGGCUCUCCCAACAAGAGAGAAGUACAGCCUGCUUAUUAUGACAGCACUCAAGACCACCAAACAUUACCACUACAUACUGUUGAUGGUCAACAUUUAAGCCCCAAGGAAAAUAGGCGAAAUUCUCCUGACCUCUCCUGUUCUCGUGAGCCACUUAGCAGGAAUCAACUUGCAUAAUAACCACAAGUACCUCAAGAUAUUCCUGUGGCAGUGCUUCUAAAUUUUCUUAAGCCUCUGUUCAAGUUAGGUGACAUUAAUUUCUUCCGUAGCUGUAUAGAAUUUAUCUGUCUGCAUUUAAUUAACAAAAAGCUCAAAGUAAAAUUUCACAUGAAAUGAGUGGGAAAUACAAUGUAACCUAUUUAUUACUCCUAGUUUCUAUCUGUUUAGGAUUAGAAAUGUUAAGUAUUACUAAUAUGUACUACCUCUAUGUACUUGUAGGUAUUUGUCUGACUUCAAAAAGACGUCUUCUGUGUUUCCUAAAAUUCUUAGUUUCCAAAGACUUUUUUAUUAAGCAACAAAGGCUAAAAUUGCAUGCCACACAAAAGUGAAGAAUUUUAACUUUUUUUUUUAAAUUUACAUGUUAUCUAAUUUGGGCUGUCUUUUUGACCAUUUGCCUUCUUCAAUAUUUGAUAGAGUCAAGAUGCUUAACUGUCUGUAGUGCACAAAAUAGAAAGCACAUGCUCCUUAAAACAAAUUUAAAUUAUUUUGUAACAUGUAACAAAGAGGUAACAUGUGUGUUCGUUUGCAGUUCUUACUGGGAUUUGACUUCAUCAACGAAUGAGUGUUGUGUUAAACUAUUAUCGGGCUUUGUUGGUUUUCUUCUUUUUAAUUAUCUAGUGUGAUAUCUACGCUGUUAAACCUUUGUGAUAUUUUAAAGGAUUUGUUAUGUUUGUUUAUAUUUGUUUGCUACAACAGCUUUAAACGUUUCUUUUUCCCCUUUUUUAUAUCUUCUUGUUUGUUUUUGUUGUUUGUUUUUUGACUCAAUGAGUAGCUUUUCUUGUGAAUGUCAUUCUCUGGGACCUCAGUCAUAUUUGUACCUCAUAUUAAUUUGUUAGUAAGAUGAUAGGUAAGACAAUGGCGUCUGCUCCAAACAAAUGUGUGAUAUGUUCAUGGCUUCCUGUCUUAAUUCUGUAUCUACCAAGUUUGUCUUUUACAUAUGUACCUUCAUGUUUCUGUGUUACUACAUGUAGUACUAAAUGAAAAAAAUGAAUAAAAAGUAAUGUCAACUUCUA